GGACAACGCUCCGCCCACGAGCAUGAUGUCAGGUAAACAAUUUGUCAGCUCCGUAAUUGCGGCCGAGUAACAUGGCAUGCCCCAGGCAACAACGCACUUCCUCCCAAUUCGUACACCGUUCAUAGAUCGAGUCAUAAUCCGCGCGACUGUCGUUGCCUGUGACCGUGUUUUCAAACGUAUAUAAACAUUGAAUUAAUCGGCGAACGCAGCUUUGCUAGUAUUUGCCCAUUCCACUUCCUUCUGAAGUCCUACUCUGACCACAUUGGGACUGCCUUUUCGAUCGGGUUUGUACGACGCCAAAAUUAGCGAGUUCAAUCGUGUGCUUCAUCUGCAUUCACGAAGCUGUUCCAUUCCACUGUACCUGAGGCUCGAGUCGCACCUCCCCGAGCCGCAUUGGAAGGUAUCAUGGCGGACUCGAAGGAAGGUUCCAAUAUUAUUGCAAGCACUGACGACGACCGUCCCGUGAACGGAGAACAGAACAAUGAGGCUGAAGCUAUGGGCGGGACGCCUGGUAACGAUCAUGAUGCAGGUGAUGAUGACAAUGAUGACGAUAAUGAUGAUGCUGAUGAUAACGACGACGAAGAUGACGGAGGUUCAUUCGUCGUACAAUUUGAGCCUUUGCUUGCAGAGCUGAAGGAGCGGAUGAACGAAGCUGGUGCUCACCAACCAAAGCUCCAAGACAAGAUUGUUCCCGGCGUCCGAAAGUUAUUCCAGGAAUACUGGCAGGCCGUUAUGAAAGACGUUGAGAACCUGAUAGCGUCCAACGAAGCCAUACCAGACCAACUCACGAACCCGGCAGCGAAGACGUUCAGGAUAUGGGUCUUUAAACAAGACGAGGAUAGUCUUAAUAGUUGUCCCUGUUGCUUACCCAUAUGUGGCGACGACAUCGUACUCAAAAAUAACCAAGGAGUCACCAAAGUGGAUCUUAUACGUGGCAUAUCUCAAUACUUGUAUGCAGAUGUCGACAAGUUCCCCGCACUGCACUGCAUGGACGAUGGCUCUACUGAUGCUCUCCCGGUUGCGUCUGUAGAGUUCAACUAUAUGACGAACGGAGGUCAAGAUGAGACGUGUGUACUUGCAAGCCAUGAACCAGGAAUCUGGAUGUAUUGCACACCACCUUAGUUUGAUUCACUACUUGAGCUAUUACAACGUCAAAUAAGUGGAUUCAUGAGGCGUAGAAGAUGCACACCUCUUCAAAGAGAGACCCGGGACCCCAGUUGAUGGGGUCUAACUCCACAUUCAAGAACCGCAGCUACGCCUUCAAAGAGCCGAGUACUUUGUUCCGCCAUGGCUGUAAGCCAACGUUACCAACACUAUAUGAUCGCUGUCGCAAGGUUCCGAUGGUUCCCCUUGCGAUUAUGUCAA